ACCUACGCAGACGCAGAGCAAAGCUCAUUCGUAUUAGUCUUAAAGGUGCUCGCUGCCCCGCUUAAGCAUUGCUGCUGAGGCCGCCCCAUAGCCUUGCCCACAGCCUUGCUGUGCUGCAUCAAUGCGUGGUGGCGAGGCUCGCCGCAAAGUGGAGUGGGCGGGCCGGCGCCACCCCUACCGCCAGCUGUUCGGGCACUGGCUGUCGGACUGGGUGUCGCGGCUGGACCCGGGCGCCCCAGAUGAGCUGUUCAUACUGGCGCGGGCUGCCGCAAACGUCGAGGCCAUCAUCAAGUAAGGAUGCCAGCAACAACGUCCACUCCUUCAAUAAGGUGGCCGGCCUGGUCCUUUACCGGACCGCACACCUCGGUCCCGCGGUGGAGACCCGGGUCUGCAUCGUCGCCAACACGCAGGCGUCGCCUACUGGGUCGUGGGGAUGGUUGGUUCCAGGGGAGAUUCCUCCCUGGUUGGUUCCACUCACCUUCCCUAAAACCCGAUGGGGGACGCCCACGUGUUUGGCGAUGCAGGCCAGGGCCUCCACCGUGGGCCCGUUGUGUGCGGCCAGGCAUAUGAUGAGGCCGGCCACCUUAUUGAAGGUGUGGAUGUCGUUGCUGGCAUCUUGGAUGAUGGCAUCGACGUUUGCGGCCGCUGCCUUGAAGCAACCGGGCAAUCAGAGGGCGAGGAGAUGUGUGCUGUUGGCCCGUCCCCCCUCUGUCC